CUUGCUUUCGCCGCCCUUUGUCUACCGUGCAGCCCUGCUUCGUCGCCUCGCCGCCUCGCCGCCUCGCACGACAAAUCAUGGAGGACCCCAACGGCAACGACUCGGAAAUGGCCGAUACCGAAGAGCGGGCAGGGGCUCGUUUUAUUUAUACUGCGGAGGAGAAGGCGCUCCUCCAAGCGCUCGUAACGAAACAUGCGCGAGUUCUUGAAAACAAGAAGACAAAUAACUACUCGAAGGAGGCUAAACUUAAAGCUUGGGAGAAACUCAGCACCGAGUAUAACAGCCAGCCAAACGUCCGCCCACGAAGCGCUAAGCAACUUAAGAAGCGUUGGGAGAACGAAAAAUCCAGAUACAAAAAAACCAAGUCCGACGAGACGAGAGACAUCCACGCCACGGGAGGUGGGCCACGAACAAGCCGACCGAUGAGCCCCUCACUCAUUCUUGUGGGAGCGGCGGCAGACCACAUGGGGACAGUGGUCACAAAUCUCUGCGACAGCGACAGGGCAAGAGACCGGCCAGUGCUGUCGCUGCCUCCGGCUGCAAUGUUUGAAGCAAUGGUGCGAGGCACUGAAGGCAAUGACAAUCACGCCUGCUGGAACGACAUGCCAGGUAAGUGGGGGCUUUUGGAUUGGGACAAAUUUGCACCAACAUGUCGGGGAUGGGUACCGUGAGCCGUAACAUGUCUACUUGUAUUUGCGACUUGUAUCAUUUUAA